UCCUUUCCCCUUAUCCUCCUAUCGAAUAAAGGGCAAUGUGUAUGUGAUACUGAAGCAUUAUAUAUUGUGCUGAAUGUUUGCAUGUGAUAUUCGCACUGAGGUUAUGUUUGCUCUCUCUAGGACCAUGGGACGCUAUAAACUAAGAAUUUUUGUAAAUGAACAGGAUAUACAUAAAGUCUCACUAGAUGGGAAACCAGAAACAGUAGAAGAACUUUACAAAAUAGUUAAAGAAAAAUGCAAGCUCAAGGAUGACUUUUCUCUCAUGUACGAAGAUCCUGACUUUGAUAAUUCCCUCUGCAACCUUGAUGAUGUACAAGAUUUGCCACCUACCUCCACCCCCAGUUUAUCUGAAGUCUCCUCAGAUGAUACAGAGAUUCUGUUGACACCAAGCUCAUCAACAAGACAAGAGCGAUGGCCAGAAUUUUUUGACAUUCCAAAUUUCCCAGUUGAUGUAGAAUUCAGAGUGAGACAGGCAAAUCUUCUGUUUUUAUGAGACCGUACUUACCUGAAUGUACCAAGAGACAUGAAGCAUGGUAUUUUGGAGAAACUUGCUGAGGAGAUCUACAAAUUUGAUGCCUGUCCAAAUGAAGAACGAUGCUGUUCUGUGGCAUUUGCACUCAUAACAAAACAUCCUUGUCUGAGGGAACCAGUCUCACCAGAUGGGUGCUCUGGCUGGAAGAACAGCUUGAUGUACAAAAUGGGAAAUUAUCGCACUAAACUGAGAAAAGCUGGAUGUGCAGAGGUUGCAAUAAACACAGGGAUAAAGUGCACCCCACAAAUGGCAUCAAAAGGCCUCAAAAGACCAAAAAGGUAUGAGGUGAAUUACUUACCUAACCUACCUGAGGGGCAGAAUGAAGAUGGACUAGAGGCUGAAAGAAAGCUCCUGGCUGAAGAAAUGAAAAAACGGAACCCCAGUGGAACUGUUAUUGUUUCAAAGAUGGAUCAGACUGUCCCACUGCGGAGACGGGAGAUUGUGGAGACUGAACCUCCAGUGAAAACCCUGAAGGAGCGGUGGCCUGCCCUUUUUUCAGAGAGACAAGUAUAUGCAGAGUUCAACAGGAUUGCCACCAUAAAUCUAGAAAAUGACUUUUUUGAUGCAUUGGACCACUUCACACCACGCUUUGUCAGUAUCUUCAAGUCCAAGAAAGGAAGUGUUGGAGAAAAAUUAGCUGAAAUUGUGCAGCAGAUUGAUUCAGGGGUAAGUCUUAUAAAGGUUUCUUAA